AUGUUUUCAGACAAUCCCAAAGAAUGGCUAGAAGAGAGCAUUCAAGAAGGACAUAUCCAACAUUAUCAAGACGCAGAUUUGUUGGAUCGCACUGUAAUUGCUACCAGAGGAUUUGUCGUCGUGUACAGAGCAUUGGUGAGGCAUUCUGGAAUUCCUGUUGCAAUAAAAUCGCUCGACACAAGACAGGAAGAAGCAUAUUAUGAGCGACUUGUUAAAGAGUACUCCAAUAGUAUUCUCAUUUGCAAAGGCGUUGCUAAAAUCUCUGAUUUCGGACUAUCAGAUACAAUGACAAAUUGUUUGUCCAAAAAUGAAAGAACAUUAGCGUAUGUGGACCCGUCAUUGUUUGCUGAAGGUUUUCAUGAACACGGAGAAAAGUCUGAUAUUUUUAGUCUGGGAGUAAUUCUGUGGGAAAUUUCCAGCGGAAAACACCCGUGCCAGGCUUUAGCAACGAGAGAGGACAUUAAACGAUUUCGAUUAGAUGGUUUACGUGAUGAGCCAGUUUUCGGAACACCCGUUGAUUAUUCCAAGUUAUAUUCGGAAUGUUGGGCUGAGGAUCCCGACGAGAGACCACCUUGUAAAGAAGCGAAUUUUUCCAUGAGAAUUCUCCAGGCGAACUUAACAGAGCAUUGGAAAUUGAAAUCUAUCGAAUGUUGA